AAUGCCGUCGGUUUCGAAAACGGCGGCCAAUGCGUCUCCUCAAACCGAGAAACCAACCCACUAUACGUACUUGAAGGAGUUCAGGACAGAGCAGUGCCCGUUGUUCCUGCAGCACAAGUGUACGCAGCACAGACCCUUUACUUGCUUUCAUUGGCAUUUUCUUAACCAGCGAAGAAGGCGACCCAUAAGGAGAAGAGACGGAACCUUUAAUUACAGCCCUGACGUGUACUGCACAAAAUACGACGAGACCACAGGCAUUUGUCCAGAUGGAGAUGACUGCCCUUAUCUACACCGGACCACUGGUGACACAGAGCGCAAGUACCAUCUACGAUAUUACAAGACUGGUACUUGUAUCCAUGAGACAGAUGCUCGAGGGCAUUGUGUGAAGAAUGGCCUACACUGUGCUUUUGCUCAUGGGCCACAUGAUCUCCGACCUCCAGUCUAUGAUAUAAGAGAGAUCCAAGCACAAGAGGCCCUCCAGAAUGGUCAGUUGGGAUCUGGGGAAGGUAUUCCUGAUUUGCAGCCUGGUGUAUUAGCUAGCCAAGCCAUGAUUGAGAAAACCCUGACAGAAGAUCCCCGGUGGCAAGAUACCAACUUUGUUUUAGCCAAUUAUAAAACAGAUCAGUGUACUAAGCCCCCGAGACUAUGCAGACAGGGCUAUGCAUGCCCCCACUACCACAACAGUAGGGAUCGAAGGCGAAAUCCACGAAAGUUCAAAUACAGGUCCACUCCUUGCCCUAAUGUGAAACAUGGUGAUGAAUGGGGUGAACCCUCCAAAUGUGACAGUGGAGACAGUUGCCAGUAUUGUCACUCUCGUACAGAACAGCAGUUUCAUCCAGAGAUCUACAAAUCUACCAAAUGCAAUGAUAUGAGACAAACAGGAUACUGUCCCAGAGGACCGUUUUGUGCAUUUGCACAUGUAGAAAGAAUUCCCUCAACAGAGGAGACGAUGAACUCACUACUAACAGCGAUUCAGUCGAGCUCACAGUCCCAGCUGGGCUCCCAGCAGUAUUCAGAGUCUCCAGUCACUGAGUGGAACAGUGGAGGAAACUCCACCAUCAGCGCAGCCAGUAGCAAUGGACAAGUAGAAAGUGUUUCAUGUUCUAGUAACUCAACUGUAACACCAAGCUCAGGAAGCGACAGUUUGUUAUCCCCAGUGGGAUCCAUCAGCAGGCCCAUAUCCCUUACUAAUAGUAGUUUAUGCUCAGAGUCCACCACAUCCAGUGUGUCAUCUCUGGCUUCUAACUAUCCCAAAGCACCGGGCUUUGAACGUGAGGAUCAGAUUAAAAGCAAGGGACAUAUGGAUCAAAAAUUCAUGGACCAAGAAAAACAGACACAAAAUACUGUAUUCUCUGCAGUGAAUCCUUUGGCAUCAAGCUUUACCUCCAGCAUAACGUCAAGCUUGGCCUCUAGUGUUGGCUCAGAUAGUUCUUCACCCACCACCUUAUCAACAAUGAAUGCAAAAGCCACUCCUUUUUAUCCAGGGAGCAACACCGUGGAGUCUGUUAUAGAUCUUUUCCAUUUUUCAUUAGGAUCUGCACUAGACCUCAACUUUAGUGACAUCAAUGUUGCAUCUAUGUUGCAUGAUAAAGAACUGGAGGAGCAAGAUAACAGCUUAGGACUGUCAAGUCAAAGGGUGCUAAGUGGAUCCGCUCCUGUUAACAUUCCUGGCUCUCUAGCACGAUCAUCUUCUUUUAAUUCCUCAUCAUCGCUCUCCACCUCCCCACUAAGUUCCUUGUCCCAGUCUCUAUCGCAGUCCCUGCUGUCUGGGACAGUGUCUCAGCAAAAUCAACCAUCUAAUAUGCUAGCCAAGCAAGAGCAUGGCCUACUGGGAACACCCACCUCUUCUUCACAGAACUCUCUGGGUUUGAAUGGAGGAGCUAGCAACAUUUGGGACUUUGUAAGUGGCAGCUUUUCACCAAGUCCAUCACCAGUUUUCAGCAGCCUAACCUCCACAACCAGCACUGCUGAUGUGGCCCGCCUUUUUAGGGAGCUGGACGAAGCUAAGAGGAAGAUCAAACAAUGGGAGGAGGCCUGGCAUCAGGUCAAACAGGCCUGUGAAGCUUGCCAGAAAGAUGCACAUGAAGCAAAGGAGCAAGCAAAGACGGCUGAGGCAGAGCGGCAGCUGGCGGAACAGAAAUGGGAAGAAACAGAGCGCAAGCUGAAAGAGCUCCAGGGGGACUUUGAUGUGCUUUGUCGCACCCCUGGAACACCUCUUCUUCGUAGCUAUGGAGAGCUGGAGCAGCUCCCAUUGUCAAAGCUUCACUCCAUCCAGAGUCAGCUACGUAAUGACCUAGAUCUUAUAGACGGGGUAAUAUUUCAGCUUCAGUCAAAGAAAUGUAUAGUUUGCCAAAAGCAUGAUCGUUGCAUUGUUCUGCAACCUUGCCAACAUUAUGUACUAUGUGAGAACUGUGCACCUAGCAAAACUGAAUGUCCCUACUGUAGAACAAAAAUAUUGAAGUGGUGAUGUACAGUAACUCAAGGUACUAUUUAAAGAAUUAGCCCUUUGAAAAACUACUCAUAGUUAAUACAUUUUCUAAACAGCAAUGUCUGUUUCUUACAGUGAUCAAAUUACUUUAGAAUGAAAUGAUGUUUGACUGGCACAACUUAAUUGGUAUAAAUCAGAUUGCAAACAGGGGAUGUUGUCUUGCUCAUUUUCUGCCCAUAUUAACAUUUACUUUGCGUAAAAAGCCAUGCCAUCAGAUGAGAAUAUUAAUUGCCUUGUAACUGUCAUAUCGUCCAUCCUUCAAACACUAACGGACAUAUGCGUGGAGGUUUGCAUUAGUGUGGAUUGAUCUUUAUUUUAUGUGGCAGCAUCUUAAUUUCUUUAUGCACUUAAAGGUAGAUCAGAGAAAAUUUGGAGGCAUCUCAACACCAGCUUUUCAACAAAUUGAUCUAGAAGAUGUAAAAGGCUAAUAGAAUUGUUUUUUUAUGCAUCAUUAUUACCAAAAUCAUAAAUAACAUCAGUGUUUGUCACAUACUUUGAGUUAAUUUAAUCAGUCACUCUUAGCAAAGCUUUAACUACUUUUAACAAAGAAUGCUGUCCUAUAGCCCAUAAAACAACAUGACAAAACUAUCAAAUAUAGUUGUUUGCAUAUAUCUAUCCACACAGCAAUGUUAAGAUCACAUGGUAAUUAAUCUGAUGAUUUUAUGCAUCAUAUGGGCAAAACUAGAUUUCUUUAAAGAGGAAUACAGUAAAUACAUUAAAUUGGAGCAAAUCAAGGAAACUGAUGCCCUACAGCCUGAAUGUGACUGAUGUUUACAUUUAGGGCUGGUGCAUCUGUUGUAGCCUUAUUAAAGAAAUCAAAAGUGCUAAUUUAAUAGGAAAAAGCUCUUUAGCUAAAAUAUCAUGUAAUAGUAGAAAAUAUGUCCAAUGUGUGUUUAUUAAACCAAUAAACGUAUAAGCUCUGUUUGCAUAUAAGGAGUAAUGACUCAAAAAAAACAAAGCAAACAGGUGAAUGUUGGGAAUUUGCAGUGUUCCUCUUUAAAUGAAUCCAUAUUUAAUUUAAAUUUCUAGCCAAAUUGAAUUUUUUUCACAUCAGUCAAACAUCAUUAAUUUGACCAACUUUCUGAGGACGUUUGAUUUCUUAUUAAAAGCACUUUGUUGAUAUGGGACUUUAUUAAUGGGUAUAUAGAAAUUUGCUUUAAGCUGCUUUGUAGUUAUUCUUUUGUGUCUCUUUUUAGAUACUUUUCUUCUACAUAAGCUAAUGUCUGAAGCUUUUGCGUGUACUGUGAAACAUAAUUUGAAUAUUUCAUGUUUCCUUUAAAAAAAAAAAAAAAAAAAAAAAAACAUGGCAUGGUUCCACUUACUUCUAUUUCAUAGAAAAGUAUCUAAUAGUUUAUACUUUCAUAGUUAGAUUUAUAAAAUUCAAUCAAAUAAGUGCAAAUUUUAAACUGCAUUGUAGGUGUAACCAGCAGCUGUAAUAUCAAUAAGGCACAUGCUACAUGUUUUUCAAUCAGUAAGUUAUGUAGAAAUUUAUAUAGCCUAGCCAUUAGAGAAGCAUGUAUUUGUUAUAAGCCUGAAAUGGUGAUUUUUCUUUUGUUAUUUUUGUAGGAAUCUAGUCUCUCGACUUGUCUAGAACAUAUCGGCCUCUAACGCUAAAGUGCCUUGCCUUAGUUAAAAAGGUUAUGUGUAGGAUUGUCUGAGCAGACAACCAGUUGAAGCUUGUGCACAAGUUUCUGUGCAUUUAACUUCACAAAAGCAUCAACAUGUGUUGACUAUAUGUGUAUAUAAGUAUAUUCCAUUGUAUUUGGCCAAAUUCCAUUGGGUAUUUCUGCAGAAAAUAAUUGAAGAUUAAAAUGGUCAGUGCCUGUGGUCUGACUUCACCCAUAGAAAUGAACCUCCCUGCUCCCCUCCAGCUACACACCCACCCAUUCAUUGCUUGGUUGUGGUGCUCUUUCGGUGCAGCUUCGUUGUUUGAAAUAUUUUUUUUUCCAUUUGGGAGUAUGCAAACAUAGGACACAUGAAAUUUGUAUAGCAACAUGCAGAAUGCUUUUGAACAGUUCAGUUCCUUGUUUUCUAGUAAAUAAUUCUGCAGUAAAUGAAGAAUUCUGUAGUUUACUUGUAGAGUGGAUUUUGUGUAGAAUUUAUGCUUAGGUUCCUCUAAUUGAAAUGACCUUCUACUGUGUUUAAAAAAAAAAACAAAACAAACAAAAAAAAAAAAAAAACAAAACACAUUUUUAUUCUUGCUUUAAAAUCAGUAGAAAAUCAUGUAUCUCCAGGUACACCUUUUGCUACUUAUAAAUAUGAGAUAAUGCAUUGUUUACAUUCUCACAGAUGACAAUUAAGCAACUCAGAGGAAAAAUAUCAAGAAAGGUUAUGGUAUUUUAGCAUUUUCAUGACUAUAUUUCAGCAUAAAAGGCAGGCUAAACACUUCUGGUAUUGCAUGUUAUGCGGUAUAGUAACCAGCUACAAAAAAAAAGAAAAAAAUGUUCGCACUGUGUCACACUGCCAGAAUAUUUGUAUCGACUUAUUUUUAUGUAGGUAAGGCUUAAUAACUUCUGCAAGCUUCGCUGCUACUGGAAAAGGUAUUAAUGUAGUUUCUUGUUAUACAUCUAGAUGUUUGAAUGUUGUUGUGCAUCCACAGCUCAGAUUUCAUAAACUAUGAAAUGAUCUGUCUUAUGCAUCUAACUUGACUUAAUCUUUUUUGAUUGAAUUGUUCAUUUUUGUAAAUUCAUUUUAGUCAAAGUUUCAGUACUUUUGUAAAUCGAGUAAAAUGAUGUCAUGGGCCUGUACUACUAUAGAUUUUCCUUUUUGUUUUAAAUGAUUCAAGGUUAACAAUUUUUUUUUGUUGGCUUUUAUCUCAGUACACUGGAUAGUGGUGUACGGUGCAGCUAAUUCACAGAGUCCUUUUGGUUAAUUUGUUUUUGCCUGUAAAGCCAACUCAGUUAAUGAUGUCUAGUGUAAAAAUGUUAAAAUAAACCAAAGUGGUGUUUUUGUAGCUGUCCAAAUAAGUAUUGUAUGGAGAAAAUGACCCCAGAAGAGAAUUUAGAUAAUGCUCGAGUGUUUAUCAGAUCAGCCUGUAGUUGUAAACACAGCCCUACUUGCCCAAAGCUAUAAAUGAGUGGAGAGCACCAAGGUUGUCUACAUGAAUCUAAGACAAAGGUCAAUAUUUUGAGUGGCAGUAUAUUGUUUUUUUAAUUGAUUUUGUUCUUUUUCUUCUUAUUAUUAUUCCUUUAAUAUUUCAUUCAGUAAUAGAUAACUCUUUUGAGUCACCAACAGGACUCUUUUGCUUACAACAUUAAUGGACUUAUAUCCUUUUCUGUCUUUUUUUUUUUUUUUUUUUUGCAGUUUUACCAAAGACCUGUAUUGUUGCUUUUUCUACUACAUUUCAGCAUUUGUUUUACUUUAGUAAGAACUCUAAAUUGAUUAAAAGAAAAAAAAGUAAAUCACCUAGUACCUUAAAACAAAUAAAAUUCACUAAAAGUAAUUAAAGGCUUCUUUUUCUAUCGGAUGUUAGUUAUAGUUGACUAUCAAAAUUGCAUGGGUCAGAUCCUUACUUACGUAUUUGUACUUCUGAUUUUGUGGUAAAUAUACAUUUGCAUUUAUGGCAGAUUGUGCAAUACUGGCUAGCACAUGCUGACCUUAACCAAGGAGUCAAUGUUAGUUAAAUUGUUGUCUACAGUGAAGGAAUGUCUUGGUAAAUGACAUUUGUGCUUCUGAAGUGGCCAUAUGAACUUCACUACAGUACUGUUAUGAGUAAACUUCGUUUGACUUUGCUUAAUCUAUGUAGUUUGGAAAUUGACAGGUAUGCAUUAUAUAUUGAUAUGGUAGGCCUACAGUGACUGUAAGGUGCUUUGUUUUUAUUGGAGUCAUAUUUUUCCUAGUUCUUAAAACCGUGGUCUGAAUUAGUUUUCAUAAUUCCUGAGACGGAAAAUGAUUGUGAGCAUCAGUGGCAGAUACAGACUAAAUUAAAAUUCAGUUUGCAGCAAUUUGUUUUGGGCCCUGACCUUUAAGAACUCUACUUGACCUAAUUCAAGCUUUCUAC